AAGAGGGCUGGUAUAUUUGUGCCUGCUGGAGGUGGAAUUAACAGUUAGAAGGAGAAAGGGAUUGAAUGGACUUACAGGAAGGUUUUCAAGUAAAUUCAGGGAAACACAUUUACUUGAAUAGUACAACCUUGAGUCUUAUUUUACACUAAGACGACACAAAAGAUGUUAAAGUUAUCACCAAGCUGCCGGACAAAUAUAUAUUCCAAGACCAAGGUGCAGAUCAGCAUAGAUCUGUGAUUCAGAAAUCAGGAUUUGUCUUGGAAAGAGCUCAAGGGUUGAGAAGAACUCAAGAGCAAGUGAAGAUAACUUUGGGAACUACAGUUUAUCAGAAGAUCAACUUUCCUUGAUUCAAAUACCAAAGGCCUGAUUACCAUAAAUUCCUAUAGGAAUGCAUAGGUCAUCUGAUCAAAUAAUUUUAUCCGUCUUCUGCUACAUCAAUGCAGCAAAAACUCUUAACAACUGUGGAUAAUUGGAAAUCCAAGUUUCAGCUUUCUUAGAAAUAACUAUUCUUGACAUAUUCCAAAAUAUUUAAAAUAGGACAGGAAAAUCAGUGAGGAUGUUAUGUUCUGAAAUGUCACUGUCAUGAAGAAUAGGUAAAUUUGUUUUUUCAGCUACUGGGAAACGCACCUCCUAGGAACUUAGAUUUUUUUUUUUUUUUUUUUUUUUAAAGAGGACAAGAAGGACUAAAAAUAUCAACUUUUGCUUUUGGACAAAAAUGCAUCUGACUGUAUUUCUACUUAGGAGUAUUGUGGGUUUCCUCUGGAGCUGCUGGGUUCUAGUGGGUUAUGCAAAAGGAGGUUUGGGAGACAAUCAUGUUCACUCCAGUUUUAUUUAUAGAAGACUACGGAACCACGAAAGACGGGAAAUACAGAGGGAAAUUCUCUCUAUCUUGGGUUUGCCUCAUAGACCCAGACCAUUUUCACCUGGAAAACAAGCUUCCUCUGCACCUCUCUUUAUGCUGGACCUAUACAAUGCUAUGGCCAAUGAAGAAAAUCCCGAAGAAUCGGAAUACUCAGUGAGGGCAUCCCUGGCAGGAGAGACCAGAGGAACAAGAAAAGGAUAUGCAGCUUCUCCCAAUGGGUACCCUCGUCGUAUACAGUUAUCUCGAACGACUCCUCUGACCACCCAGAGCCCACCUCUAGCCAGCCUACAUGAUACCAACUUUCUGAAUGAUGCUGACAUGGUCAUGAGCUUUGUCAAUUUAGUUGAAAGAGACAAAGAUUUUUCUCACCAGCGAAGGCAUUACAAAGAAUUCCGGUUUGAUCUGACUCAAAUUCCUCAUGGGGAAGCAGUGACAGCGGCUGAAUUCCGAAUAUACAAGGACCAGAGCAAUAGUCGAUUUGAAAAUGAAACAAUUAAGAUUAGCAUAUAUCAGAUCAUCAAGGAAUACAGCAAUAGGGAUGCAGAUCUGUUCCUGUUAGACACAAGAAAGGCCCAAGCUUUAGAUGUGGGUUGGCUUGUCUUCGAUAUCACUGUGACCAGCAAUCAUUGGGUAAUUAAUCCACAGAAUAACUUGGGUUUACAACUCUGUGCAGAAACAGGAGAUGGACGCAGUAUCAAUGUGAAAUCCGCGGGUCUUGUGGGAAGACACGGGCCUCAGUCCAAACAACCGUUUAUGGUGGCCUUCUUCAAGGCAAGCGAGGUACUCCUUCGAUCCGUGAGAGCCGCUAACAAACGGAAAAAUCAAAACCGCAAUAAAUCCAGCUCUCAUCAGGACUCCUCCAGAAUGUCCAGCGUUGGAGAUUAUAACACAAGUGAACAAAAACAAGCCUGUAAGAAGCAUGAACUCUAUGUGAGUUUCCGGGAUCUGGGAUGGCAGGACUGGAUUAUAGCACCAGAAGGAUAUGCUGCAUUUUAUUGUGAUGGAGAAUGUUCUUUUCCACUCAAUGCCCACAUGAAUGCCACCAACCAUGCUAUAGUUCAGACUCUGAAUGAUUGCUUUGCGAAGCUGCCAAGGCCAUUGAAAUAAGGGGUUAUCAAUCAUGUAUGUGUGGGUUAUGUAAGAUCAAGCUGAUGAGGGACACAAGCCUGCAUCUGAAAUUUGUCCAAACUAUCCAACUUUUAGUUUUGUGAGGUCCUAGGAAAUUUCAAGUUCAUGUCAGAUCACCUCAUUUUUCCUGCUGUUUCUGUCCACAUGCAGGGCUCCUAUAUCAUUUCAGCCAGGACAUUGUGCAGCCAAAACUCUAAGAGGCUGUAUUUGCUUUUUGUGGAUCCCGUAAGACUCAUUAUUGGGACUUCCCAUAAACUCCUUUGGGGGAAGGGCCAGGGUAGCUGGGUGGGAAAGGGGGAACCAUGUACUGGCUCCUUGCUCAAUGACUGCAAAUUAUAGGCAGACUGCCAGUCUGAUCAAAAUGUGAACAAACUCUAUGCUUAAGCAUUUCACUUUCGGUGUACAGCUACCUUUUGAGGUUCUUGGAGGAGAGGGAUAUUCAAUUUGUAAACUAUCUAGGCUCCUUGCUUCUGAUUUAGCUAAACGUGCUUUUUGGCACUUGUCUAGGAGAGAAGGAAAGCAAAAGGGUAUUAAACUCCAGCCAGUCUGGUAAAAAUUUCUGUAGAGAAGAGUUGAAAUCAUUGCUUUAAAAUAAGUUUUGGGUUAUACCUGGUGUUCACUUUGCUGUGAUUUUUAUGUUUCCUUUAUUGUGGAAAAUUAAAAUGGGUGUAACUCUUAUGAGUUGUUGUUUAAUUGUCCUUUAAAAAAUAAUUCUUAGAUUCAAAUCUUUCUACAGUCUAAUCAUGUCCCUUCAUGAAUUCGCAUUUAUAACUUCUGCAUUUCUUAUGAAGUAAAUAGAAGUCAUUCUAACCAAAAGCAACUCAGUGCUAGUUCCCAUGUACUUUCCCCCAGGAAAAUUUCCACUGAAUAUUUCAUUGAAGGAAUUUUCCUUACUUGGUAGAGUAUUUUUGAAGGCCCCAACACAUAAUGAGAAUAGGUGAGUUGAGUCUAGGUGUUCACGCCUAAAAAUACAUCCUUCCCUACCAGUCCCCAACCUCCACCCCAGCCAUUGACAUAAAUAGAAGAGUGAUAGCUUAACGGUGUGUCUGAUUGUGUGACAGAACAAGAAUAUUAUUUGAGGG